GGGAUCGUCAUUCAAAGAGGACGAAGGCACAUGGAAAGGCAACGACGACGGCAAGGUGGUUAACAACCAGCCCCAGAGGAUGAUGGACGACCGCAACGGCAUGGGCCCCCAGGGUGGCUACAUCGGCCGUAUCACGAACGACGCCAGGGAGGACGAGAUGGAGGAGAACGUCGGUCAGGUCAACACCAUGAUCGGCAACCUGCGCAACAUGGCCAUCGACAUGGGCUCUGAGCUGGAGAACCAGAACAGACAGGUCGACCGCAUCAAUCUCAAG